UUGGUCUAAUAAGUAUAAUCUCUGAAACCAAGAGUUCUAGAGUUUUGCAUUUGUUGUGUUUUAUAACUCAGGUGGUUGGAUAAGGUGAGAUGGAAGGCAGGGAGAGUAAAGCAAACCUUGUUUCAUUAAACAACAGUAACAGACAUUUUCUGUCUUCAGAAUUCCACUGGAACUUACAUUUUGGCCUUUAAACUUUAAAUAUUUUUCCAGAAUUUCUGGCCUGCUAGCAUUCUGAUUCUUACUUGUGUCUAAAUUAUGAAUAUGCAUGUGGAUAACAUCUUUCAGAGUUUGUUUCUGAGUACACUGAGACAGGAACAUCUAAUGAGUGGUAGUAAUCAGUUAUCACCAACUCAUGAUUUUGUCACCAGUUUCAUGAUAUUUGGUGCAUUUCUCAAGAGUAAGUUUCUAACCCUUGUAGAGAAAAUCCUAAUGUAAUCAAGACUCAAAAUCCAGAAGGCAAAUAAAACAGAACCCUCAAUGUCUUUAUAACUCCACCCCCACACGCCCCCUUCAUGUCUUCUAAAACUGUCUCAGGAUGUUGAGGUCUGAUUCAUGGUUUCUGAAUGUAGAGUAUUGAUGAUGCUAGGAACCUGUUUAUUCAGGAUUGAAGGGGGAGUGUUUUUGUUUGUUUUUUAUCGAUUCAGUUGCAGAGGGUGGUAUACUUGAUCUUGAUGUUUCUCAGGUGUUAAGAAUAAAUAUCUACUGUGGCUGAUUAUACAACAUAGGAAGUGCGCCUGGAAUGACUUUAUACAUACUCCCCUUGCAUACUUUGAGUUUGUCUAUACUGGCUCUGAGACACAUUUCAGGCUGCCAAUAAAAAGAAAGCUCCUCCCACCCGUUUCUGGUCUGUAUGUGCCAAACCUAGAACUGGGGGAGUGAGGAUAUUGUGGGUUGCUGCCUGGUGCUGCUCUCAAGAUUUCUGUCUCAAGAAUGGAGUGAAGCCAGUGUAGAGAUAUGCUUCCUUUUUCCAUUUCCUUUGCGUGUCUUAAAAUGCCACAGCCCCUUUUGGAAUGCUAAAAGUUGCACUUUUAACCUGAAUUCAAAAAGUAGUGUGUGUAAAUUGCUCUGAAAUCCUCAAAUCUAAAAAUCAGAUGUUCUGUUGCUUAAAGGAACAAUGAAGAAUAUAUAUUUAAAACUCAAAUGGAAUUUCACUUCACAAGACUUUUGGGUGCUAUCACUUGAGAAUCAGUAGAUGGCACCAAUAAUUAGUUGAUCUCCUUGAUUGUAAAGAAGUGUUAUUAAUAUUGAAGUUGUAUUCACAUUCAUUUGCUGAUAGAAAGGUUUUCAGUAUGCAGGCUUUGUUAAAAUAUUUAUGCUUUUUCUUUUUUGCUAAAUCUGUAAACAUAGGAUUUAAAAAUAAUUUCUAAAUCCUACUGCAGUCUUGCUAUUAAUUUUGCACUUUUAACCUUUAAGCAAGGGUAAUUCCUGUACCAUGUGUGUACCUGCUGUACCUGAUGUUCCCCUUGUGAAUAUGUUGGUUAGUGCUAUCUUAUGUUGAAUUUUCUAUUAAACAUUGCCUUAUAGGAUCUCGGAGUGCUUUGCAGAAAUUAACUGAAAUCGUACAAUUCUUAGAAGGAAAACAAUAUCUCACUGUAUAUUAAAUCUAUGUUGAGUAUAUUUGAAUGUUAAAAUAGUCUUGAUUAUAUGAUAGAUAUAAUUUUAACAAGAAUGUGUUCCUUUGACAUAAUGUAAAACAAGCUGGUUCAACUUGAUCCCUUGCAGGAUACAUCUGAAGGUUAAGUAACCACAGAUCUCAGUUAAUCUGCUGUAAUCUGCUAUUACUAAAUGGAGCUCUGCAUUCACAGUCAUAGCAUACAGCACAUGAAUGUCUGGAAAUAAAAGUUUUUAGGUUUUAUUCAAAUCCAUUUUGGUGGGAGAAAGUCAUGUAUCUGUUGACCUUUCUAUACCUCAUGAUUAGUUUUUUUGAAGAAGUGUACAGUUUUUGUCCUUCACAAUGCACUUGCAUUUACCAUGGCAGAAGUGAUGGCACUGGAACAAGGUCUGUGCUUUGUAAUGACCCGGAUAUGUUUGAGAUCCCUGUGAAUGUUCCUGUGGAUACUGUAAAGCUUCGAGUAGAAAAAACUGUGGUACGAAGGAUCCCAACAGAAGCCUUUUAUUAUCUGGUGGACCUCAAAUACCUGUGGGUAACCUAUAACUGUGUAGCUAAUAUUGAUGUCAGCAGUUUUUAUAAUUUGAAACAGCUGCAUGAGUUACGUCUGGACGGUAAUUUGCUGUCGAGUUUUCCUUGGGAAUCUCUGGCUGAGAUGCCCAACUUGCGGAUCCUUGACUUACAUAACAACAAACUUACAAGCAUUCCAGCUGAGGCUGGUAGGUACCUGAAAAACCUCACCUACUUGGACAUAUCCAGCAACAAGCUAACCACUUUGCCAUCAGACCUAAUGGAUGUCUGGCCCCCUUUCUCAGAAACAGCACCAUCCAAGAACAUAGAGAGUUUUGCAACACAGAGAAUCAUUAUAGGUUUGCAGGACAACCCAUGGUUUUGUGACUGUCGGAUUUCAAAGUUAAUUGAAUUUUCCAAAAUAAUGGACACUUUGGUUAUACUUCUUGAUCCUCUUGUGGCAUGUAGUGGACCUGAGAAUUUGGCAGGUAUCUUGUUCCAGAGAGCAGAACUGGAACAGUGUCUUAAACCAUCCAUAAUGACUUCAGCAACAAAAAUCACAUCACCUCUUGGAAGCAACGUUUUGCUACGCUGUGAUGCCACUGGGUACCCAACACCACAGCUUACCUGGAGCAGGUCUGACAAUUCGCCAGUGAACUAUACAGUAAUUCAAGAAACACCAGGAGAGGGUGUCAGAUGGUCCAUAAUAAGCUUGACAGGAAUUUCAUACAAGGAUGCAGGGGAAUACAGAUGUAAAGCCAAAAAUUUAGCAGGAAUGUCAGAAGCUGCUGUUACUGUCACUGUGGUUGGUGUUGUAACCACAGCUGUGUCACCUCUAAAAUAUUUGAGGAAGUUUGAAGCGGACAAUACGCAGGAGCAAGCACAACAAAACAAGACGCAGGAGCAAGUGCAACAGGAACAUGAAAAAACAACCACUACCUUACCUGCAUCAUCAACAACCACUAUGUUGGCUACCACUGAUAGACCUACAAGUGCCAAGAUAGCUGACAGAAAACAAUCCAAGUCUAUACCUGAUGGAAAGAAGAAUUCAACAAUAGUGACAAGUGGAAACAAAACGCAGGCUGGGGAUGUAAGCAAAAAAGGCGAGACUUCACUGAAUGCAGCAGCCCUGGAGGAAAAAGAUGUCACCAUAAAGAACCUAAGAGUGUUUAGUGAAACUGAUGAAAGUGUGACCUUAACUUGGAAAAUUGUCAAUGCCACAAGAAACUCUGCAAUGACAGUGCUGUAUUCAAAGUAUGGUGAGAAAGACAUGCUGCCUUUGAGUACGGACCCCAGCAAAAACAAAGUCACAAUAGAUGGUUUGCAGCCUAGUACUCAGUAUAUGGCAUGUGUUUGUCCCAAGGGAGUCCCACCUAAAAAAGAUCAGUGCAUUAUUUUUUCCACUGAUAGAAUAAAUGAUGAAAGCAGUUCUGAGUUUUCUAUUUCGGUGGUGGCGAGCAGUGCAUCAUGCUUGAUUGUUUUACCUUUGAUAUUUUUCUUACUCUAUAAAGUUCUAAAACUUCACAGGAAACCAAAAGCUUCCAGAGAAGCUGACCUUGCAAAAGAAACCUAUAUCAAAUUUGAAACACUCUCUCUCAAGCCCCGCUCGGUGGGUGCAGGAGGAGAGCUCUGGACCCGAAGGGACACUGAUGAAUCAGAAAGACUUCUCCUUUGUUCUAGAUCAAGCAUGGAUUCCCAGCUGACCUUCAAAAGUGAGGGUUCUAGGUCUGAGUACUUCUGUUGAGUGUUGUAUCCAAGGAACAAUAUGAAAAAUUCACAAACUGCUGAACUAAUUUUAAAACUGCAAAUGUGUAUCUGAAAUUGGGUCAGUUACAAAAUGCCACUAACAGCUAUAGCAUCUGAUUAAACAAAAACUCUUGGGGUGGGUGGGAGAAAUUAUGCCUCUCUCUCUUUCUCUCUUUCUGUAC